GCAUCUACCAAGUCAUCACUCCAAACCAAAACAGCUCAAGGCUUCUCCGGCCUUCAGCAAAUUCUCUCUUCAUUCCCCAAUUUUCCCGAGAAAAUUUGUGAAACUAACCACAUUGACCAGAGGUGGUAAGAAAAUUGUAGUAACACCCAUGAGGAGUGUGGGCGGCGGCCCCUCUUGGGGUCGGUUUUGGCCUCAAAUGGCAGUGGCGUUAGCUGCCACACUGGUGGUGAUUUCAAGCAAUGUGGGUUCAGUAGAAGCAAGUGCUUAUCCCUACUCUUCACCACCACCACCACCUUACGUUUACAGCUCACCACCACCACCACCAUAUGUCUACAAGUCUCCACCACCACCAUCGCCUUCACCGCCACCGCCUUAUGUCUACAAGUCUCCGCCACCUCCAUCACCAUCACCACCACCACCUUAUGUGUACAAGUCCCCGCCACCGCCAUCACCUUCUCCACCACCACCAUAUGAGUACAAGUCUCCACCACCACCGUCACCAUCUCCUCCACCACCAUAUGAGUACAAGUCUCCACCACCACCAUCACCGUCUCCCCCACCACCGUAUGAGUACAAAUCACCACCUCCUCCAUCACCCUCCCCACCACCACCAUAUGUUUACAAGUCUCCACCACCACCUUCCCCUUCACCGCCACCACCAUAUUACUACAAGUCUCCACCACCACCUUCUCCCUCUCCACCUCCUCCUUACUACUACAAGUCUCCACCACCCCCGGAGUACUCCCCACCACCACCAUACUACUACAAAUCCCCACCACCUCCUUCUCCUUCACCUCCUCCCCCUUACUACUACAAAUCACCACCCCCACCAUCACCAAAACCACCAACCCCGUACUACUACAAGUCUCCACCACCCCCAGAAUACUCCCCACCACCACCAUACUACUACAAAUCCCCACCACCUCCUUCUCCUUCACCUCCUCCACCUUACUACUAUAAAUCCCCACCCCCACCAUCACCAAAAUCACCAACCCCAUACUACUACAAGUCGCCACCACCCCCAGAAUACUCCCCACCACCACCAUACUACUACAAAUCCCCACCACCUCCUUCUCCUUCACCUCCUCCACCUUACUACUACAAAUCCCCACCUCCACCAUCACCAAAACCACCAACCCCAUACUACUACAAGUCUCCACCACCACCACCACCUUCACCCAAACCACCAACUCCAUACUAUUACAAAUCACCACCACCACCAGCCCCAAAACCCCCAACCCCAUACUAUUACAAGUCUCCUCCUCCACCCUCACCGUAUCCUCCUUCUCCUUACUAUUACAAGUCUCCACCACCACCAACCCCUUACUACUACACUUCUCCACCACCACCAGCUCCUUACUAUCCGAAGCCACCAUUGGUGAAGGUUGUCGGAAGGGUCUACUGCUACAGAUGCUAUGACUGGAAGAAUCCAUCGAAGUCACACGACAAGAAGCACUCCACAGGCUCAGUUGUUGUGGUAACUUGCUGGAAUGGCAAGAAGGAAAUCAAGGCCUACGGUAAAACUAAGAACAAUGGGAAAUUCAGCGUAGUUAUCCCUGGCUUUGAGUAUGGCAAAUAUGGAGCCAAGGCUUGCACGGCCAAGCUCUACGCAGCACCAAAGGGUUCGAAAUGCAACAUUCCCACUAAGCUAAACAAGGGUGACAAGGGUGCCAAACUCAAAGUGAAAUCCAAGACUAAAUAUGAAGUUGUGCUCGAGGCUGGCAAAUUUGCUUAUGCUUCCAAGACUCCGUACGAGGAGUGUGAAAAGUCCAAGCCCCAAUAUCCUCCUCCUUACGUUUACAAGUCACCGCCACCGCCUACGCCUACUUACGUCUACAAGUCACCACCUCCACCGCCACCCAAGUACUACUACAAGUCACCACCACCACCGGUUUACUACUACAAGUCACCACCACCUCCGGCAUACGUUUACAAGUCACCACCACCACCAUCACCCAAGCCACCAACCCCAUAUUACUACAAGUCCCCUCCACCGCCAUCACCCAAGCCGCCAACCCCAUACUACUACAACUCUCCUCCUCCACCAUCACCUAAGCCACCAACCCCAUAUUACUACAAGUCUCCUCCACCGCCAUCACCCAAGCCGCCAACCCCAUACUACUACAACUCUCCUCCUCCACCAUCACCCAAGCCACCAACCCCAUAUUACUACAAGUCUCCUCCACCGCCAUCGCCCAAGCCGCCAACCCCAUACUACUACAAGUCUCCUCCACCGCCAUCGCCUAAGCCGCCAACCCCAUAUUACUACAAAUCCCCACCACCACCAUCGCCCAAGCCGCCAACCCCAUACUACUACAAGUCUCCUCCACCGCCAUCGCCUAAGCCGCCAAACCCCAUAUUACUACAAAUCCCCACCACCACCAUCGCCCAAGCCGCCAACCCCAUACUACUACAAGUCUCCUCCACCGCCAUCGCCUAAGCCGCCAACCCCAUAUUACUACAAAUCCCCACCACCACCAUCGCCCAAGCCACCAACCCCAUAUUACUACAAAUCCCCACCACCACCAUCGCCCAAACCACCAACUCCAUACUACUACAAAUCCCCACCACCACCAU